GAUUCGAUUUUAUAUCUUUUGUUUCUUCUUCUCCCAUACUGGGACUGAUGAAUUGUCCGCGGAGGUCGGUGAGUGUGUGUGACUGCAGGAAUUGGUCUGGGUGCUGUAGAUUUUGAGUUUGACGUUUGGGGUUGGGAUGGGUGUGUGUUUGAAGUUGAGUAGAGUGGCUUGCAGAGGGAUCCUAUUGUGCAUGCAUGGUUGUUGCUGCAUUUGGUAAUGCUAGAGGGCGUGUGUGUGUGUGUGUGUGUGGAUGCGAUGGGUCGCCUGGACUGGUUUGUAAGAAUGGUGUAUGACUGUGGUGCCGCGAUGUUGCAGUAGAAUAGUGCGGAUCGUGGAGUUUGUUUGUAGUAGGGAGGAUUUGAGGAGAAGCUGUGAGAAUAUGACGCGGGGGACGAAUACCUCUCGAACUUUAUCCGUGGGGACUCUUGGCCAAGUCUGCACCAUGAUCACCAUGAAGUCGUCGACGGUCACGUGCUUUGUAUCUACUUCAGAUCAUUGGAGGCUGUGGGUUCAGCAUGGUCUGAUUCUGAUUCUUUAACCCCACGGAUUUGGCUGCUACAGAUCACCCUCGAACAACUUAUGUGCUGCAUUUUCUUUCUCUUCUUUACUUGCGCAUCCAUGCGAUGUUCUUGUCUGAACUGAUUGCUUUUCGAUUUGUGAUGUUGUAAUCUAACGACAUGUUUCAAUAAAUUUAAAUGCGGGUCCGCUGCUUUAGCGCUAAAAAAAUACUCGUGUGUUUUGGACCUUUUUAUAAUGGCCAAAUUGCGGUCGGUGCACUUGUGCAUGCGGAUUUGGCCUAUAUGAAAGAAGCACAGUGCUCCGUCUUUCUCGUGCAGUCACUUGUACAGUUGGUUGGUUUCACAUCAUUCGUGCUCGUUUCAUCCAUUAUUUGAUGUUGCGCAAUUAUGUUAUCUCUCAUAAUUAGUAUUUACGAAGCUGUUCUUCGUUGUGUUCUCUGGAAUAUAAACUGUAGAUGUGGUUCGAGCGCCUACAACUAUAUGAGUAGGCUGGUCAACUAUGUAGCGGGAAAGGCGUUCUGAAAGGUUAAAAGUGACGAGAGUGUCGUCUGUGCGGGUGUGCGAGACAUUCUGCUCAUGCAUGUGUUGAAAGCUUGUUUUUGCAGGUGAGGACGUGGGAAGCACAUCCGUGAAGGACUUUGUAGGAUAAAGAACUUGUAAAUCUGGGCAUGGGCGGAGAAUCUUCAAGUUCUUCCAGUGUUGAAAGUUUUGAAAGUGGAGAGUUCGAGAUGGGUAGUCAAAGAGAGUUAAUUAACAUUAAAGGCGCUCAGUUGUACCUCAUAGAUGGUGAAGAAAGCGUGCUUAUGCAGAGUGGUGAUUUCUCUUUGAAGCUAUUAAAGCAAACCCACUCGCCGCUGGCUGUUGUAGUAGCAAAUGUGGCCGAGGUACAAUGGCCAGUAGGAAAAGACGCGCCAGCCUUGAAAGUCUUUCAUCAUCGUUACACCUUCGCUCUGCCUGGUUUGGUGUACGGUAUAAUUUUUCCUGCUAGUACUUCGCCGGGCUCGCUAUUGCGGUUGGAGACCAUCCUAGCCUUAUAUAGUACAUUUGAAGCACAUCAUGAGAUUGCUAACGCAGUUCAAUACGAAUUUUCAUUAGCUGGAGAUAAAGAUAACGCAGGAUACUGGACAGCGGUGGCGCCUGAAGUGGAAACUUUAAGCUCACGUGUGGCACGACAGAUUGAUAGCACAUCUACUGUAGUGGCAAGUAAUUUAGUAAUCGGAGGAGACUGGGCAGCGUUGGGUAUUAAGCAUGGAGGGUCUCUUCUGAAAAGGAAUUCAGAUACUUACUCUGGAGGUGGCGGUGGAGGAGUUAGCCCUCGUGUGAUGAAAAGGAUGCAGCAAGCGCGUCGCAUGUCGGCCGUUGCAAAACUCAUGUCAAGAUCUCUUCUCAAGGGCGCUAUAAGUGCAACAGGCCACGUCUCAAAGACCCUUGGCUUGAAUGCUACUCCCUCCAGUGGGCCACAAUAUGGCGUAUCUGAGGAUACAGCUCGGAAUGUUGCUGUAGCUAGUGUAGAUGCUUUUGGGAAGGUGGUGGAAGCUGUGGAAACCGCUGGGAAAUCGCUCAUGGACGCAACUCAGAAGGUGGGCACGGACAUUGUCCAGGAGCGUUUUGGCCGACAAGCUGGCCUGGUUUUGCAAGAUGGACUUGGAGCCAUGGGAAAUGUUAUCAACACCGCUUGGACAUUGAAUAAGAUGGGUGUAAUGAUGCUGCUACGAAUGACUGCUGCAUCUACAGCUCUGAAUACACGAUCUGGAUCCAUGAGCACAUCUUCCACGACAACCGGCGAUGAAAAUGUUUCGUCUCCGUCGUCAACUGGAUCUAAGCCAACGAAGCAACACUUUCAGCGUCCAUUACAACAUCAGAUUACACUUUCACCCCAGCAAUCUGCUCAGUCUGUCCCUUUAAAUCUCUCCUCAACUGCUAAUGUGCAAAGUGGCCAAACCCUGCAGACCUCGCAACUAUUUCCCACCACGCCUGAGCAGUUGAGACAUCAUGCAGUAGUAGGAGUACCUGCUACUUCUCCUUUGCGCUUGCCCACUGGUAAUUACACGGGGCUUGUUCCACCAACGGGUCCGCGUGGUAAUAGUCCCUUCCAGCAGUACCAUCGGCAUGUGUCGCAACCGCAGUCUCCGUUCAGCUUUCAUCCCACAGCGAACACCCAAAUUGAGUAAAAGAACUCGAAGAUAGUACAUGCGUGGGUGGUACUUGCUAUUGGAAAGAAUGGCUGGAUGAAUUUAAGCCGAUGAUGGCGUGGAGUGGUGUGGGCUGGUCUUGCCCACACAAAGCAGCGGAAUAUGGCUUGGAGAUUGUCACAUACAUGCAAAGGAAAACUAUUAAGGAAGAUUCUUCUUCGUAAUGAGAGAAAUUAACGAUUUUGGACAGAAAUGCUUCAGCAUGGGAGUAGAACUGAAGCCCUUUCGUACAGAUGAUGAAGACGACACUAUGUGAUUAAAGCUUGGGGUUAUCUCCCUUUGGCUGUGCUUGCGCCGGUUGAAAGUUCAACGUCAUCGUCUCCAUGUUUACCAGCAGGUAACGUUCGCAACGAAAACCAUCAAUAACCGAACACACAAAUACACGUACACGCAUGCAUAUUUACGUGCGCAUUUAUCACACAUGUCCACGGCUAUUCUAUUCGAAUCGAAGUUGCAGGGGUAUUUGACGAGAAGAUGAAGAGAGUUGGUUGCUAUUCCCGGUUGGGGCGUGUGGAGAUUAUGGCCAUCGUAGAUUGGGAUUGUUUUGAAGAGAGCGAGAGAGAAAAAGCGAGAGAGAUUGUUGCAUUUAGCGUGUAGAGUCCAGUGCACAGAUUUUAGAGUAUCGGUGCUGUUAGAGACGGUGUGUAAAAACUAUGCCCCUCGCAGGAGGAUAAAUGCAAUUGAUAUAAAGCUCGACCAACAUGAUCAGUAUAGAGAAGAGUAAAGGGAUUAGUUGGUGUGAGGAAAAUGAAGAUUUAUGCAUUCUUUGUGUACGAUAUCGUACAUGGCAUGGUGAACUUGUUGGUUAUGGCAGACUACACACGUGUAUACUGUCAUUCAUAACUCGCUGAUUUACACAUUUUUCAUUUU